GGCAGGUGCCAUUUUUAUCCUCCCCGCCCCUCCGGAGUGCGUAUGCGUAGUACACCCCCUCCCCGCAACGCGUCGCGGUAUCCCAGGCAUAAUUGUCAUUGCUUUCCCCCACUUCUGGGCGCCGAUUGGCUUGGAGCGCCGAGGGGCGGAAUAUCUGCCGCUGCGCGCUUCCCGAUUGGCUGGCGCGAGUGUCAUUGCAGCGCCGGGAGGAGGGAUGCGGCUCCCUGUGUUGGGAGGUGGAGUUUGGCUUCGCCGCUCCGUUAAAGGGGAGCCCCCGGUGCAAGCCGGGCGGUGUAUGAGUCACACGCAUAAGUGAACACGCACAAACACACACCCUUGUGCCACGCACCGCCCUUAGCCCCUCCCGACCCAAAACUUUCCCCCUCAGCCCAGCGUGAGCAGGGAGGGGUAAUAAAUCUGUACGGGGGGGAAAGGAAGCGAGAGAGUGAGUGUGUAUGCGCGUCCACCCGCCCUUGUCGCGGGGAGGGGUGCGCAUGCGCGGUGCGUGGCGGGGCUGAAUGUUUCCCAAGUGUUUGAAACUGGUAUUUGGGUUUUCCACGUUGGAUCAAGUGCGGCGCACGGAGCGGGGAGCAGCGGCCGCACCGAGGAGGAGGAGAAGGACGGGGAGGAGGAGGAGGAGGAGCAGGAGCAGGCGCCGGCAAACAGAGAGGUUCGCUUUUGCUGCUGCUGCCUCACACUUUGCAGACCAGAUUUGGUUUCCAGAUUGUUUCGGAGGAGCUGGUGUGAGCGGCACACACACACACACCUCCCUCCGAUUGUUCCUACCCCCGUCCUCUGUGAGUUCCCCGCCACGACAGCCAUUCAAUCAGCUGCUGCUGCUGGCUGGAGUGGGGUGACUCGCAGAGGGUGUGUGUGUGUCUCUCUCCCUCUGUUUUCACCGGAGAGGAGUCCGAUGUAGCUGCUCCCGGUGCUCUGGAAGAGGUGGGGGGAGCUGCAAGGGAGCGAUCCGGGCACUGAGCAGCCCUUGCAAGCCUGGGCUGGGCGGCAGGCAGGAGACGACCCCCGCUGCUGCUGCUACUGCGCCCGUGGGGGGGGGCUCGGAUCCCUCUGUUGCCUGCCUCGUUUUCUUCACUUGCCGGAUGAAAAUGUUGAGUCCCGCUAACGGAGACCAGCUGCAGCUCGUCAACUAUGUGGAGGAUUAUCUGGACUCCAUCGAGUCCCUGCCCUUCGAUCUGCAGAGAAACGUCUCCCUGAUGAGGGAGAUUGACGCCAAAUAUCAAGAAAUCUUAAAGGAGCUGGAUGAUUAUUAUGAAAAGUUCAAACGAGAGACAGAUGCAGUGCAGAAGAGAAGACUGUUGCAUUGCAUACAGAGAGCAUUGAUCAGGAGUCAGGAGCUGGGAGAUGAAAAAAUCCAAAUUGUCAGCCAGAUGGUGGAGCUCGUUGAGAACAGAACCAGACAAGUGGAUGGUCACGUGGAACUAUUUGAGACUUGUCAAGAGACUAAUGACACUACUGGGAACAGUGGCAAAGCCAGUCAGGAUAAGUCAAAGAGUGAAACAAUCGCUCAGGCAGAAAAGCCCAACAACAAGAGGUCAAGGCGGCAGAGGAAUAAUGAAAAUCGAGAAAAUGCUUCUAAUAAUCACGAUCACGAUGACAUCACCUCAGGAACUCCAAAAGAGAAGAAAGCAAAAACAUCCAAGAAAAAGAAGCGCUCCAAGGCAAAAGCAGAGAGAGAGGCUUCCCCAGCAGAUCUUCCUAUUGAUCCCAAUGAGCCAACAUACUGCUUAUGUAAUCAAGUCUCCUAUGGAGAAAUGAUAGGAUGUGAUAAUGAUGAGUGUCCAAUUGAGUGGUUUCAUUUCUCAUGUGUGGGACUCAAUCAUAAACCAAAGGGUAAAUGGUAUUGCCCCAAAUGUAGAGGAGAAAACGAGAAAACUAUGGACAAGGCACUAGAGAAAUCAAAAAAAGAAAGGGCCUACAACAGGUAGUUUGGAGACUUUUAAUAGCAAAGAAAACUAAAACCACCAAACCAGUGUAUUUAUUGUCAGUGUCACCUUUGUGGAGGUGCAAAGAUUGUAAAAUGUAUAUUUUUAAAGGAGGUUAGAAACUGAACCAUUCCUGUUAUAGGGACGGCAAUAAGACUGAUUUUGUUUUUCAUUUGGUACAGCUAUAAACAAGAAAGUGGUCCAUGGACCAACAUUUAACAAUAAACAAAGUAAUAAAAGUUUAAGUGUAGUGUUCAUCUGGGUCUUAAGAAAAAAGAAUAUUUUUUUGUGUGUGCUUGUAGCACUGUACCCAUUAAAAUUUCAAUUACAAUAUUUCUUGAACAUCCAUUUCGUUUUUCUUCAUAAGGGAAUGUUAUUUACCUUUUGAGCAAAUUGUCAAAUAGUAUUGCCAUCCGGCUGUAUUUGAAUAAAGCUACAGUACCUUGCAAAUUAAAUUUCUUUCAUUGACAACCAGUACAAGAACUAACAGAACAAAGGUAAAAAUUCCAGUUCCUGCUACAAAGUGUGUCAGUAUAACAGUUUAAUAACAAAUGUUGAAAUAGGGUUAGAAGAUUAUUUUUUACAAAAAGUAAAUGGUUGACUUUUACAUGACAAAUAUUUUAUAUACUGGCCAGGUACCACAAGGGCCAUUUUAAAUGAUUCAGUACAUUUUAUAUUUAACCGGGAAGUGGUUUAGUAAUGAAACUUAAAACAAGCUUUAUACUGUCACAGAUAAUAAUGUAGCAAUCUUUAAUUUGUAUAAGUUGUAUAAAUGUACAUUUUUAAGUGGAGUUGCACUUACUGUAUUAUAAUUGGAAAUGCAGCCAAAUGCCAUUGGUUAACCGAUGUGCAUUUCCUUCUGUAUGUAUGAAAACUGUACAGCUGUGAUAUUAAGAAAUAAAUGAAACAACUUGGAAAGCUU